UGCGGCGGCGGUAGGGCGCGCGGCGGCGAUGGGCGGCCGGGCUCUGCCGGCGCCGCUGCUGCUGGGGCUGCCGCUGCUGCUGGGGCUGCCGGCGGCGGGGCGCGCCGCUUCCAAGGCGCUGGUGUGCCAGGAGAUCACGGUGCCGAUGUGCAAGGGCAUCGGCUACAACCUCACCUACAUGCCCAACCAGUUCAACCACGACACGCAGGACGAGGCCGGGCUGGAGGUGCACCAGUUCUGGCCGCUGGUGGAGAUCCAGUGCUCCCCGGACCUGCGCUUCUUCCUCUGCAGCAUGUACACCCCCAUCUGCCUGCCUGACUACACCAAGCCGCUGCCCCCCUGCCGCUCCGUCUGCGAGCGGGCCAAGGCCGGCUGCUCGCCCAUCAUGCAGCAGUACGGCUUCGCCUGGCCCGAGAGGAUGAGCUGCGACAGCCUGCCGGUGCUGGGGGACACCGAGGUGCUCUGCAUGGGCUACAACCACACGGAAGCCACCACCUUGCCGCCUUUCUUCGGGAAGCCCACGCGCCCAGCCAAGGACGCAGCCAAAAACCUGACGCCGCUCGGUGGGCAGCGCCCCGCGGGGACAGAGUGCGGGCAGACUUGCAAGUGCAAAGCGCCGCUGAUCCCUAUCUCGAAGGAGUCCCAUCCGCUGUACAACCGUGUAAGGACCGGGCAGGUGGCCAACUGCGCCAUGCCAUGCUACCAGCCCUACUUCACCCAGGACGAGAAGACCUUCGCCACCUUCUGGAUUGGUCUUUGGUCCAUCCUCUGCUUCCUGUCCACCUCCACCACCGUGGCCACCUUCCUCAUUGACAUGGAGCGUUUCAAGUACCCUGAGCGCCCCAUCAUCUUCCUCUCCGCAUGCUACCUCUUUGUCUCUGUGGGCUACAUCGUGCGGCUGGUGGCAGGGCACGCCAACGUGGCUUGCAACCCAGAGCACCACCACAUCCACUACGAGACCACGGGCCCCGCACUCUGCACUGUGGUCUUCCUUCUCCUCUACUUCUUCGGCAUGGCUAGCUCCAUCUGGUGGGUCAUCCUGUCCCUCACCUGGUUCCUGGCUGCCGGCAUGAAGUGGGGCAACGAGGCCAUCGCUAGCUACGCGCAGUACUUCCACCUGGCCGCCUGGCUCAUCCCCAGCGCCAAGUCCAUAGCUGUGCUGGCACUCAGCUCUGUGGAUGGUGAUCCAGUGGCUGGGGUUUGCUAUGUGGGCAACCAGAGCCUGGAGAACCUGCGGGGCUUCGUGCUGGCGCCGCUGGUGGUUUAUCUGUUCACUGGCAGCCUCUUCCUGCUGGCUGGCUUCAUCUCACUGUUCCGCAUCCGCAGCGUGAUCAAGCAGGGUGGCACCAAGACCGACAAGCUGGAGAAGCUGAUGAUCCGUAUCGGCAUCUUCACUGUACUCUAUACCGUGCCCGCUACCAUCGUCAUCGCCUGCUACAUCUAUGAGCAGCACAACCGUGAGGCGUGGGAGCGGGCGCAGAACUGCUCCUGCCCAGGGGACACCCACCGCCCCAAGCCUGACUACGCUGUCUUCAUGCUCAAGUACUUCAUGUGCCUUGUGGUGGGCAUCACCUCUGGCGUCUGGAUCUGGUCUGGCAAAACGCUUGAGUCUUGGAGGCGCUUCACAGCCCGCUGCUGCCGGCCCAGGAAGCCCGCGGGUGCUGCUGCAUACAGCGAGGCCAGCCCGGCGCUGGCAGGCAGGACGGUGCUGCCCAGCAUGGCCUCCUACCACAAGCAGGUCCCACUGUCCCACGUGUGACCGGAGGGAGCCUCGGUGACCCCAGCCACAGAGGGUUGCAAAGACCCCGUGCCACAGAAGAGGGAGUGGUGGCACAGCCACCCCUGUGUCGCCAGCCCCGCCGCAGUGGAGCUGCCCAGGACCAAGUGCGUGUGCCCAUGGGGCACGGAGCAGCCACAGCCCUGGGCAGGGGCAGGUAGCCGUGUGGCCUCAGGGCAGGUUGUGCUGGUACCAGGGCGCGGGGCAGAGCUGGAGCGGGCAGGGCUGGCAGUGGCCCCUAUGCCCAGGUGAUGGUUGGCACUGGCACUGAGCCACUUGCUGCAGCCAGGAGAGCUGGCUGGGGGGGAGAGGGGGGCUGACCCCUGCCCUGCUGCGCCUGCAUUUCCGGGCACAGCUGUGUCAUGGCAGAGAGGGCUGGGGGCCCCAGUGCGGGGCUCGGGCAGCAGGAUGGGAGCAGGGCUUCAUCUCAGGAGGAGAGGGAGGGAGGGAGGGUGCUGCACAGGCUGGGGGUUGCACAGCUGGUGGUAGAACAGGGCUCAGUGAGGACCUGUCACCUGGCCUCGGGGAUGGGCAGGGGCAGGGCCCGGCUUGCUGCCACGCAGCCGGGGCCAGGUGAGCCCAAGUUCCCUUUCCCUGCACAAGUGCGUGCCGGCUUCAUGGGCAGGGCUGGGGCCACUCCAUCUCCGGUGCUGUGGGAAGGGUGGGCACUGCUCCGCGCCUCUGGUGUCUCCCUGGCGCUGUGCAGGCUGCCUGGGCUGAGGCGGGGGCCCCAGCACCCUGCCUGCCCGUCCGGGCACGCAGCGCAGUGGCUGAGCGUGGCAGAGCCGGCCAUGCCAGGGCGGUUGUGUUUCUGAACCGGGUUGUACGUGCAUGGGGGUUUUCCAAGACAGCCAGUCAUCUGUCUGUCUUGGGAAACAGCUGGGUCUUCUAGCAGCCAGCUGGUUUCACCUCUUCUUGCUGCUUUUUUGAAAGCUAUACCUCUGUCAGAGAUAGAGACAGGUUCAGGAGUUACCAGUUAAUUUAGGAAAGCUCAGCAGAGCACUCGUACUCCUUUCCCCCCAGCUCCACAAGCCUUUUUCGCUUCCCUGGUUUGGCAGGAGGAGGGCACUGACAGAAGCAGUGCGUGGCAUUAAGCCACCGUGGCGGCAGGGCUUCAGUAAGUAGGACGCUGAGGGGCCCUGUGUCAACCUCACUGAACAGCAGCGAGGCUGGGGGAGCUCCAGUGGCAGCAGGGGAUGAGAGGUGGCUGCGGCUGGCUUCAGCUUCCCGUGAAAGCACCUGAGGGAUUGUUGAUUCUUUUCCCCCUGCCCUAAACAGCAGUCAUGUACGUAACCUCCCAGUGAUUACUCGAGUUCUUUUUGCCCUCCUUCAAGCAUGGCACUGUGACCUGGCCACUUGAGCACAGGAGAAAAGCAGCUGGCUUUGCUCUGUGGGACUGCACAGGUCUGAGGUUGUUCUUGACACCCUCGGACCACUUAAGUCAAGGAGCUUUCCGCCUCAUUUUAAAACCAAAGCCCGGGAAGCGAGGGGCCACUCAAAUGGCACAUCUACUGAUAAAGGCACUGCCAAGACACUGCAUGCGUGUCCCUGCGGCACUGCAGAGAGCAGCUGGUGGCACAGGGCCGGAGCACUCUGCGGAAACUUUAGAUGCAGGUAUCAGCACUCUUGCGACAGAGGGCUGGCUUGCUCCAGCGUGUUGCAGUACUUCAGCUUGGACAGAAUUGCACCAUGUUCUGUUACAAACUGUAAAUAGUUGUAUUAUAGGCUGUUUUGUACAUACAGGAGCCGUAGUGAACUUUGAUACGGGUUUGGGACAGGUGUGUUCUCAGCAGUGGGGCAGGUCAGGUGCAGAGAUGCUGUGGGUAGGCUCAUGUUGUAAUCCGGGGCAUUAAAUAAUUCUAACCUGAUCCAAUCCACGCCUCACUGGACUUGUCUCUUUCUAUAGUGCCUUUUGUAGAUACAGCUAAACACACACCAUGCAAUACAAGAACAAAAACAUGUCAAAGGUUGUGUUUUGUUUUGUUUUUUAAAAGUGUAAUUGACUAUGUAAA